AUGCCCACCGCGCACCUCCUCUCGCCGCCUUCCCUCCCCUCCUCGCCGCCGCGCCUCCUCCGCAACGGAGCGCCACGGCGGUGCCCGACGCCAAUCCAUGCCGCCCUAGCGCUCCCGCCUCCGCGCCACCUGGGGCUCGCCGCGGCCCGUGGCGAUGGGGGGAUACUGGGCUCGAAUAGAGCGCGGGCGGCUGCGACGGUUAGGGUUUCUGCGGUCCCCGGAGACGGUGAUGACGGCGCUGGUGGUACGGGGAUCGCGGCGGCAGCGGCGGCCACGGUGGUACUCGCGGUGAUGAACCGGGUGCUCUACAAGCUGGCGCUCGUGCCAAUGAAGAAUUACCCCUUCUUCCUCGCCCAAUUCGCUACAUUUGGGUAUGUCCUAGUGUAUUUCUCUAUUCUCUUCAUAAGAUUUCGUGCUGGUAUUGUUACUAGAGAAAUGUUAGCACUUCCAAAGGCACAGUUCAUGCUAAUUGGCUUACUAGAAGCGCUAGGUGCUGCUUCCGGCAUGGCUGCUGCUGCUAUGUUGCCUGGGCCAUCUAUUCCAGUAUUGUCGCAGUCUUUUCUGGUUUGGCAGCUUAUCUUAUCUGUCCUCAUCUUGGGAAGGAAAUAUAGAGCAAAUCAAAUUCUUGGCUGCUUGCUUGUCACAGCUGGAGUAAUUUCAGCAGUGGCUAGUAGAGCCAAUGGUGGUCCAUUUCUAUCUGAACUCAAUUUUUUCUGGCCAGCAGUAAUGAUGGUUUCAGCUGCAUUUCAAGCUGCUGCUUCCAUUAUCAAGGAGUUUGUUUUCAUUGAUGGAGCGAAACGCCUUGAGGGAAAGCGGCCUGAUAUAUUUGUAGUCAACUCUUUUGGUUCAGGUUUUCAGGCUCUUUUCAUUUUCCUACUCCUUCCAUUUCUCUCUAACUUGAAAGGGAUACCUUUUGCUGAACUCCCUGCGUACUUAAACCGUGGUGCUGCAUGCUUUCUGAAUAUCGGAGGGAAUCUGAAGGAGUGCCAUGGGGCUCCUUUGCUACCACUGCUCUACAUAACUCUGAACAUGGCCUUCAACAUUUCUGCUCUUAAUCUGGUGAAGAUGUCUACUGCGGUGGUCGCUUCACUAACAUCAACUUUAGCAGUACCUCUUACCAUCUAUGUCCUGUCACUGCCUCUGCCAUUUCUACCUGAAGGAACAAAUUUGAGCACUCCUUUUGUAAUUGGGGCUGCGACCUUAGUGCUCGGGCUGCUUCUAUACAAUCUUCCUCAAAAAUCAGCUGAUCAAGUGAAGAAAGAUUAAUCUAAACUGGUAUUGUGUAUGAGGAUGACGGGAAGCUAUAUCUAUUGGCGCUCCUUCAUACGGCACAAUUUGAUGCGGAACUUCUGCUACAGACAUUUGAGACACACCUGACUAAAAGUAUUCAAACUUCUGCUAUCAGUUCUUAUUGGGCAAACGUAAGUAUCAACUACUCCCUCCGUUACAAAUUGUAGGUCAUUUUAGCUUUUCUAGGUUCAUAAUUUUUGUUAUGCACUUAGAUGUAGUUUAUGUCUAGAUGCAUAAUGAUAUCUAUGAACCUAGAAAAGCUAAAACGACCUAUAAUUUGGAACGGAGGGAAUACUUUCAAGAGAGUUAAGGCUUCACAAGUUCCUUGGUUGUAUAGUUCUUUCUCACCAUUUUUUGGGGGUUAAUACAAGGAUGUCAUGCUUUCCUUUGUCUCACUCUCAUGCCUGUCACCUGUGGCUCCCUUUUCGUUUAUAUCAACGUGAACUUCUCUUAAUAUC